AUGUCCCCCGCAAUGCAGUCGGAAAGUGUUGCAGAAGAGACACCGCUCGAACCAACCACCGAACAACCGUCGGCAAUGGAUCACCGGCGCAAUCGGUGCCGGAAGCGUCUACUACACCUCGGGGACAGUCUGUUUUCACUGUUCGUGAUAACGCCGCUGGUCGUAGCACAUUGGCGCGGAACGUGGGGCUGGAUGGAUCUGAAUGGGUCACACUUUCCCGCUUGGUUGUGCUUUGUGCUGGGGUUCACCCUGCACACGACGUUCGCACUGCUGCGGGAACCAUUGAAUGCCGCGCUAGCCCUUGCCCGGAAUGCACCGAAAAAUCGCUGGAAAACGGUGAAACAGUGGCUGGUCAGUCGGAUGUACACGUACGCGUUCAGUAUGGCCUGUUUGAUGCAUUGGCGCGGUGGAUGGAAUGUGAUGGAGUUGUACUUUGCGUUCAAUCUUCUGCCGGCCCUGUCCAUAUCCGCGCUCUGUCUCGUGGGUCUGGUGUGGGCCAAAUCGGUCCGAAAUUUACUAGCGCCACCAUUCAUCAUCCUCACCGAUCGAAAGGAGGCACUGUUUAACUUUCCGACGCGCUUCAGGAUGAAGGGCAACGAUGAUCCGAAGGUGCCGGAUAUCGUCAACAACAUCUAUGCAGCGCUCGUGAUCGGUCCAUUAGUCAUAUGCUUCUGGCGUGGCACUUGGAACCUGAUGGACAGGCUGCUCUUCCCGCAGAAUGAAGAGCUGCGCAUGAUCGCCCUACUGGUGGCCGGUUUCGGAGGACAUCUGCUGUUUAUGCUAUUGCAGACGAAACUGCAACGGUGGCUCGAUGUCGAGGAACGGCCGGUAUCGUUCUACCUGCUGUCGCGCAUCUACACAUACGUUUACGGUUCCAUGUGUGUCGCUACUUGGCGCGGUGGGUGGAUAAUGAUCGAUCGCUACUCACCACCGAGCUUGGUGUUCUUUAUCGAGGCAUCCAUAGUGGCCCUGCUGCUGUUGGGCUCGGUGCAGAGCUUUUGCAACGUUGCCGGGGCACCAUUUGUCAAUGAUUCACCGGACGGUUACUUUGACGUUACGACGUACUUCAAAUCAAAGUCUAAUUUGGUACUGGAGGUUAAGAAAAAGGUUAAGUUGCGUCGGCAUGUAGCACCAAAUUCCUGA